AAAAAAUCUUUGACCUCGCUCUAUCAUUUCAUUCUUUUCCUUCAUUUUCACUCGUUCGCACUGGCUCUCGUUCGUAUCCUCAGAAAUGCAACCAUAUCCACCGAAAGAGUCCUAGUUUCCACUUCUUCCCACCGACAAAAGGCUCCACUCAGUCCUGUCCAUCUAAGGCUUCGCGAUUUUUGCAGCAGGCCGUCAUGUUCGCGACGGGCGUUAUACCAUUCUCAGGCAAAGGUGCUUGUGGAGACGGAGGAUUUCCUGGCGAGCUACAAGCACCCUGAGCCUGAGCCGCCCCCCAGGGAAGAUCCAAAGCCUAUACGACCGCGGUUUGAUUGGCGGCUACGCGCCAUAUCGAGGGAGAAGGUUGCCAAGCAACGAAAACACAAGAGACGGAUACCGCCUCAGAUGACGAGCCUGCUAGAGCAUGAACCGUAUUAUCAUACAGUCCUCAGGUAUAGCGAGAAUUUCAACAGUCUCCUCGACCAAGAGAUCGCGGCGGAAGAGGCAGUCCUUCACCAGCGGCUGUCUACCUGGUCCACGGAGCGGCUUACCGAGGAGGGGUAUUGCCUUACGGAUAUGACUGCCUUUUGGCUCGAGGAGAAACACUUUGGGAGACGGACGGCGACGUUUACGCGUGGGCCUGGCGUAGAGUUGCCUGAGAACCGGUUCGAGAGCGGUACACAGGUUCUCGUAUCUCGUAUUGCUCCGCUGGAUACCGUUCCCGCGAAAGGCUCGCUCAUUUCACGUACACCGUUGCAGCUCAAGGUGUCCUUUCCUGAUGACGCGGUGUUUGAUGAUCCCGAGCUUGAGGGCGCCUGGCGGCUGGACGUGGGCCACUCGUCGCUUGUGCAUAAUCGUAUGCGUGAAGCUAUCGGCCACCUGCAUCGGCAUGUCAAGUCGCAGGAAGCGGUGAUGGCGACUGAUCGAGAGGAGAUACUCAAUGGGACGCAUUUGAGGGAUGUGAUACUGCGUGGGUAUGACGGAGGAGAUAUAGAAGAGAAUGUUGACACGGGCGGGAUGUUCAAGGAUGAUCAGUUCAUAUAUAGCUGGGCGAAGAGGUAUAUGCGGCCGAAUCCUGUGGUUGUAGAGGGUGAUCCGGUUAUUGAUGGUUUGAAUGCGACGCAGGUCAGGGCUAUGGCGCAGAUGAUUGGAGAGCGCUUUAGUUUGGUGCAAGGGCCUCCUGGGACAGGCAAGACAAAGACAAUUAUCGAAACGAUUAAACUGCUCAAGGUCCAUUUCGAGACCCCGCAACCUAUUCUGGUGUGUACGUACACCAACGUCGCUGUGGAUAACCUCGUCGAAGGGUUUGUCGCUGCUGGAGUCAAUCCUAUCCGGGUUGCGUUUGGCGGCAAGACGCGAUCUGCGAUCGAAUCGUAUACUUUCGAGUAUAAGAUGCAGAAUCAUCCUCUGUAUUCUCGGGCGGAGAAAGUCUCGGAAGACAUCAAGAUGCUGGAAGACGAGGUCAAGGAAACACAGCUCCGGGCCAAGGAAGUGGCGCAAAAGGUCAACGAUGGACGGACGGACCUCGUACAGCGGCUUGAUGGAAUGCUAAAGGCGAUCGCUAAAAAUGAGGAGCGGAUCCAGACAUUGAAGGGCAAGUUGUAUGCGCUGACGCAACAGAUGACCAAGGAUGUGCUGGGUAACGCUGAUGUGAUCUGUACGACAUGUCUGACUGCCGCAUCUCGCGUCCUCGAGGCGACGGACUUUCCUGUAGUGUUUCUAGACGAGGCGUCCAUGUCCACGGAACCAGCGUCGUUGGUUCCUCUUAUGAAAGGAUCUAGGCAUGUUGCACUGAUUGGAGAUCACAAACAACUCCCGCCGGUAAUCGUGAGUCGAUUGGGCAAGUCGAUGAAAUUAGAUAUGAGUUUGUUUGAACGGCUCAUCGUCGAGGGGAUGAUUCCGUCGAUCAUGCUGGAUAUCCAGUAUCGGAUGCAUCCGGCAAUUUCUGCGUUUCCGGCGCUAGAGUUUUAUGGGACGAGUCUGCUGGACGGGACGGUCGAUACUGGGGGGAACAUAUUGUCGCGGCUUGCUCCUCCGAAUUCGCAGCAUCUGCAAAAGGACAGGAAUGGGCAGAGACCGUCUGUUGUUUUUCUUGAUCAUGCAGGGGCAGAGUCGAGCAAGGAUCGGAGUCGGGUGAACUGGAACGAGGCUCACAUUGUGGCGAGUGUUGUUGAGGACCUGCUACUGACGAAUCCGGAACUGUCAGGGGACGAUAUUGGGAUUAUUGCACCAUACGCGGCGCAGAUAUCGUUGCUGACACGGUUGUUCAAUGUGAAUACACGAUACAAGCAGCGAUUUUCGCUUGUUCUGGGUGAGCACCGGGCGAUGCAGAUUGGGAGCAUUGAGAUCAAGACGGUGGACGGAUUCGAGGGGCGGGAGAAGGAGAUUAUCAUAUUUUCUACUGUACGGAACAAUGCGGGAGGACAUAUCGGAUUUCUUGCCGACCGAGGACGGCUGAAUGUUGGGCUUACGCGGGCGAAGAGGGGGCUGUUCAUUGUUGGAAGUAUCAGCACGCUGAGCGUUGGACGAUCGGUGAAGACAGAGAAGGAAACUGGGGCGGUUGCGUGGCGAAACUAUGCUCAGUAUCUGGUCAAGGCAGGUCGGGUGAGCCGGAUCGUGGGGGUGAAGCUUCAACAGGCGAUAUAUGGACAUUUGCGGGCAGCUCGACGGGAGCCGGUGUUGGUUGACAGUGGCGAGCCACUGAAACGCGGAUCUGAAUAAAUUGAAUAAAUUAUAUAUAUGCACAUAUUUUUUUUUUUUUU